AUGAGAAAACGUACCUUUGCCUCGACGUGCGGACGACGCAACCCUGACGAUGUCGACACCACCUCUCUCACACCAACUCCCAUCACUCACUUCUCCGAGACAGAGGUCAUGUUAGCAGAGUCCAUCUCGAGAUGGGCCAACGAAGAACUGGCACCCAAGGUCCGAGACAUGGACGAGGCAGAAACGAUGGACCCCGCGGUUGUUGAACAGAUGUUUGAACAAGGCCUCAUGGCAUUCGAGAUUCCCGAAGAAUACGGAGGUGCUGGAAUGAACUUCACAUCUGCCAUUGUUGGGAUUGAAGAGCUCGCCAGGGUCGAUCCGUCAGUCUCCGUCAUGUGCGACGUUCAUAACACUCUGGUGGUCACGGCCGUCCUCAAGCACGGCACUGAAGCGUUUAAGAAAGAAUGGCUGCCCAAGUUGGCUACAAACACAGUUGGAUCCUUCUGUUUAUCUGAGCCUGUCUCGGGUUCCGACGCGUUUGCACUGAAAACGAAGGCGGAGAAGACGGCGAAUGGAUACAAGAUCAAUGGUUCCAAAAUGUGGAUCACCAAUUCUCUGGAGGCAGAAUUCUUCCUGGUCUUCGCGAAUCUCAACCCCGAGGCCGGGUAUAAGGGCAUUACCGCGUUCGUGGUCACCAAGGACACAAAAGGCUUCAGCAUCGCCAAGAAAGAGAAAAAGCUAGGAAUUCGAGCUUCAAGCACCUGCGUGCUCAACUUCGAUGAUGUCGAGGUGCCAAAGGAAAACCUCCUGGGCGAAGAAGGUCAGGGCUACAAGUACGCCAUUAGUCUCCUUAACGAAGGCCGGAUAGGAAUUGGAGCUCAGAUGACCGGAUUGGCUUUGGGCGCUUGGGAGAAUGCCGCCAGAUACGUGUGGAACGAUCGUAAACAGUUUGGCAAACUGGUGGGCGAAUUUCAGGGGAUGCAACACCAGCUCGCCCAAGCAUACACCGAGAUCAGUGCUGCGCGUGCCCUGGUGUACAACGCGGCCCGGAAGAAGGAAGCAGGCGAGGACUUUGUGACGGAUGCCGCCAUGGCCAAGUUAUACGCAAGUCAGGUGGCAGGCAAAGUCAGUAGUCUGGCUGUUGAGUGGAUGGGCGGCAUGGGUUUCGUCCGAGAGGGCAUUGCUGAGAAGAUGUACCGGGACAGCAAGAUCGGGGCCAUCUAUGAAGGCACGAGCAAUAUCCAACUGACGACAAUAGCGAAGGCGCUCCAGAAAAAGUACAGCUCGUGA